UCUUCCAGUGGAGAGCAAAACAGAUUAGCAGCAACAAAUCACAAGUAGAUUUUAGGUAUGCUAGAAAACACGAGGAGCAAUUGGUUUGUGUGAUCUUUAAAAGCCAUGUCUCCUAUCUUAAUUGGAGGGACUGAAGGCACCUUUAGUAGCUGAAACCAGUUUACGAUUAUUAAAACCAAGCAAAUAAGAGUUUCAGAUAAAGGUUUUUGUGGAGUUUGAAGUGGAAGACAGAAGGAGGGUGUGUUUUUGUAUUGCAUAAGUGAAGGAGCAACUACUGUCCCAUCAUGCCUCGCUCUUUCUUGGUGAAGAAAAUCAAAUUGGAUGAUUUUUCAGCACAGCUGGAGAGCUCAUAUAGUCACAGAAGAGAAGCCCUCAGUCUGCGAUUCCAUCAUCAUGACAAAGGCUACGUCAGCGACUACCUUAGUCCUUCCCCAUAUGAUGUUAUGGCCGGAAGUGAGUCACCUGUCAUCACUAAAGUCGCCUCCCCUGUCCGCCCAUCAAUCAUCUAUAGCCACAUCGAAGACACCUAUUCUGGUAUCCAUGGUGAUGUCCACGGCGACUCGGACCAGCCGGACAGCCCGCGAUCUGAAGUUUCCUCAUCAGCAGGUGAAUACAUCAACGGGGACGCGGCGGUGAGCGAUGAGUACACAGUGGAUGCGUUUUUCAUCAUGGACGGACGGUCACGGAGGAAGUCCACAGGAAACGCCAAAGGAGCCAUCCAGAGGCACUCCUGCAACGAGUGCGGAAAGUCCUACGCCACGUCCUCCAACCUGAGCCGCCACAAGCAGACGCACCGGAGCAUAGACAGCAAGAUGGCCAAGAAGUGCCCCACAUGUGGGAAAGUGUACGUGUCCAUGCCAGCCAUGGCCAUGCACCUGCUGACACAUGACCUCAAGCACAAGUGUGACGUGUGCAGCAAAGCGUUCAGCCGGCCGUGGCUGCUGCAGGGCCACAUGCGCUCGCACACGGGGGAGAAGCCCUUUGGGUGUGCACACUGUGGCAAAGCGUUCGCCGACCGGUCAAACCUGCGUGCUCACAUGCAGACACACUCGGCCUUCAAGCACUACAAGUGUAAACGCUGUGACAAGACGUUUGCACUCAAGAGUUACCUGAACAAGCACUACGAGUCGGCGUGCUUCAAGGGGGCUUUCUCCCCGAUGAGCUCACUGAGUGAAUGAUUGGUUCCAAAAGGUUGACUUUUGUUUGUUUGAAUCAGAUUUAGCUGGCCUCACGCCCUAAUUUGUGUGCUUUCUCCAACAAGAGUCUUCUCUGCAAGGAUCAUGAGGCAAAAGAACAGAUUGAGUCCAUUUUUAUCAAAACCCUCCAAUCCCUCCUUUGUCUCCUUUUUUGGAAGUGAGGUGAAAAGUUUGCGAUACGUGAUUCAGAUCGUCACCUGCUUUGACGAGAUACGUCCACUUUUGAGGCUGUUUUGAGUAUACGCGUGGAUAAAUGAAGCACAGUACAUCCAGCUCAUCAUUUUUGAAGAUACCUAGAUCUAUUUAUGUCCAUAUCUAUCCUCGUGCCACUUUUUUUUUUCAACCCAUGACGAAUCAACACUGAAGCACAAUUCCUCUCCCAUCUCUGUCUUGCUGUGACAGGACUAUCACGUAUAGCAUGAAUCACAUCUUCUUGCAAAGAGAUUCAAUAAACUUUACAAUGUAAUGUUUUUUAGAGACAAAUAAAACAAAACAUUCAUAAUCUAAGGAUAAAGGUGUUAUCCUGCUUUUGAAACGGACUUUGGACGGAACUCAUAAGGAGAUCAAGCAUCUAAAAACAAUGAAAGCACACUGCGUUUUCUGCAAGUAAGCAAAAAUACUUGUGAAGCUUUUAAUUUACACUAGGGACAUGCUUUGCCUACUGUUUACUGUGUUGGCCACUGACACAUUUACACUGAACUGUGAUCAUUUACAAAUCUUCCAUACCAUGGGAUGGCAAGGUACACCUUUGGAGUGGGAAAACAAUCUUUAUGGUGAUUUUCUUUAAACCAAUGUCUUAAAUGGACACAGAUAUACAACAUAUUUUUAAGUUAUCUUUCUGGCAUUUGUGCUUUACUUGACAGUAACCUGUGGAAAGUAUAAGGGAAUAGUUACUCAACAAACAGUGUUUUCCUACAACCUAAAUAUGAUGUUAUUUAUUUUUACACGUCAAUGUCAGAUGAGGAUCCAGACAUUUAAAAUGUCUUAAUUUUCCCUGUAAAGGUUAAACCUUUUCUCAAGUGUUGUAUAAAAGUGUUUUUGUUGCCAGAAGGCCACACAGUGCUCAUCUUUAGGUCUUUUUAAGUGUCUAUUUAUUGCCUAAUUUAUUUAUUUAUGUUUGUGUAAAGGUAUUGAUUUGCACCUUACUUUGUUAUAUUUUGCCUUUGUUACAAAUAUGCCAAAGCAUUUGACACUUUCUAAUUACCGAAUACCUUUUUACUUUUGUCCGCCACUUUAAUUAUAAAAACUACUGCAUGCAAAAAAUAACUAUAGCCUAAUAAUGGAAUCUAUGCCAAUUUUAUGAAUCUUUGGGAUAUUUUGCCAAACCUCUUAGAUAACAGGCAAAUUGAGCAAAUGUCUUUCUUGGGCAAUAUUUCAUUCAUAUCCGAUAGAGCAAUAAUGCAUGAUAUUUUUGAAGAGACGUGAGUCAUAACUGCUUGUAACAUCUUGAUUUUUUCAAGUACCACUAUUCUAUGUAGUUAUGAGAAAGGAAAUUUCAGGGAGUUAGCAAACCAAGUUAGUGUUAAAUAUGGAGGGUUGGGUUAAGAGCUCUGUAUGUGGAGGGAGUGUGACACUGUUGUGAUUCUGAGAGGCUUCCCCCAGUGACUUCUCUAAUGGUAAAGUGUUCAAACAGAUCCAAUUAGCAAGAGAGUAGGUUUUCCAAUCUCUGCUGAUUAGUAUGUAUUAUUAUCUAAAACCAUAAUUCUAUCUUGGCAUCAUUAGCUUGUUGACAAUUAUGUCUAUGUAAGCAUUAGGAGCUGUUGGUGCUUCCAGGGAUUCACACAGAUGACACGACUCCUUCAGUUGGAGGGCUCUUGGUUGUGUCGGGACGGGUCUUUUUGUACAUGGUUUAUGCACUGCCUGCCUCGUAUUAUUAUUCUAAAAAUAUUGUAGAAAGUAGAAGGUAAUACCAUAGACCUCUGGUGCUGAAACAUGGAUGAAAACACAAACCCAGAACCAGAACGAUUGAGAGCUUUGGUACUUUCUAAGUUCUUGGUUUGAGUAGUUGAAUAGGUGAAAAACAACUUUACAGCAGCUGAGGUUUUUGUGGCAAUCCGCAAUGAAAUUAAAGUGAUUGUUGAGGAAGAAAAGAAGACAUUUUGUCAAUAUUUCAGCACCAGAGUGCAUCGAAAAACACUUAGUCUACUUUGAACUACCGUAGCCUAAUAUAGCCACAAGCUAGUUUACCUAUUCUUAUAUAAAAGCACUUCCUGUUACGAAUUAUAUCUUACAACUUUUUUUUUUUUGUUCAAAGAUAGUAGCACAAUGAAAGAGUUUAGAUUCAGGUAGACAAUGCCUUGUAUGUAGAAAUAACAACCUCUUUCUCCUUUUUCUACACUGAUGAAUCAAAGGUAUCAACAACAACAAAGAUGCUGAAAUGUCACACGCUGUGUUGUCCUUAAAUGACACAUGAAAAUAUGCUUAAAAGUGACACAUGGUAUAAAUAAACUCCUUUUUACACAUUGUGUCAUUUUUUUACAUAUUUGUGGGAGAGCAUCUUCACCACACCUUUUUUAAGAGUGAAUGAAAACUUGACUGUGGCAAGAGGCCUUGUAAAUAAGCACUGAUGUGACUUUGGAGUCAAAUAAUUUCUACAGAUCUGUAUAGAGUGACAGUGAUGCAGAUGAUGAUGAUGAUGAUAAUGAUAAUGAUGAGGAUGAUGAGGAUUCUGAAUUUCUCUGGAGCUUCCUUCUUUGUUUUGAGUUCUUCCUCUGAGGUUUUUUUGGACCUCCAGUGGCAGUUUUAAACAAUGUAAAGCACAAAGACAACACUGGGCAUUUUGUUUC